AGCCCUCCGUAAGAUCAGAAGAGAGAAGAAAGCUCAAAGGAAGCUCCAAAGAACUUUUGAGAACAGCCAAAAAAACCCUAAAUCUCGACGACGAAUCGAUGGAGCGCGGCGACGAAGAAGAGAGUGGACCGAUGAUGGAGAUGUGCACCACCAACGGAGGAGGCGAAGAGACGUCUAACCGGAGACCAAUUAUAGCCGGCGAACCACUCGACAUCGAAGCUUACGCGUCGAUGUACAGAGGGAGGACGAAGAUCAUGCGCUUGCUCUUCAUCGCUAACCACUGCGGCGGAGGAAACCAGGCGAUGCAGCUCGAAGCGCUGAGGAUGGCUUACGACGAGAUCAAAAAGGGAGAGAACACGCAGCUGUUCAGAGACGUGGUCAAUAGGAUCAACGGGAGGCUUGGGGAUAAGUACGGGAUGGAUUCGGCUUGGUGCGAGACGGUCGAUCGUAGGGCUGAGCAGAAGAAAGGAAAGCUGGAGAACGAGCUCAGUUCCUAUCGAACGAAUCUGAUAAAGGAAAGCAUAAGGAUGGGAUAUAAUGACUUUGGUGACUUCUACUAUGCUAGUGGUUUGCUUAACGAUGCUUUCAAGAACUAUAUUCGGACGCGGGACUACUGCACCACGGCUAAGCAUAUUAUUCACAUGUGUAUGAAUGCUAUUCUCGUAAGCAUCGAGAUGGGACAGUUCAGCCACGUUUCGAGCUAUGUUAACAAGGUGGAUCAGAAUCCAGAGACGCUUGACCCUAUUGUAGCUGCAAAGCUCCGGUGUGCUUCUGGGUUGGCUCACUUGGAGCUGAAGAAGUAUAAACUCGCUGCUCGUAAGUUUUUGGAUGUUAAUCCAGAGCUUGGUAGUUCUUAUAACGAGGUCAUUGCUCCUCAAGAUGUAGCGACCUAUGGAGGACUUUGUGCCCUGGCUAGCUUUGACCGAUCAGAAUUAAAGGCAAAAGUGAUUGACAACAUCAACUUUCGGAAUUUUUUGGAGCUGGUACCUGAAGUGAGGGAGCUUAUCAACGAUUUUUAUUCAAGCCGCUAUGCAUCCUGUCUGGAAUAUCUAGGUAGUCUGAGAGCAAAUUUGCUACUGGACAUCCAUCUUCAUGAUCACAUUGACACGCUGUAUGACCAGAUAAGGAAGAAGGCGUUGAUCCAGUACACACUGCCAUUCGUGUCUGUUGAUUUGAGCAGGAUGGCUGAUGCGUUCAAAACCAGCGUGUCUGGUCUAGAGAAGGAACUUGAAGCCUUGAUAACAGACGACCAGAUACAGGCACGGAUUGAUUCACACAACAAAAUCCUCUACGCAAGGCACGCGGAUCAGAGGAACGCAACUUUCCAGAAGGUGCUUCAGAUGGGUAACGAAUUCGAUAGAGAUGUGAGGUCAAUGAUGUUGAGAGCCAACCUUCUCAAACAUGAGUAUCAUGCCAGAAAGCCUUGAGAUGGACAACAUCUGUUUGGCUAAUCUGAGGGGUACUGGGCCUGAUCCAAGAUGUUUAUGAAAGUUUGAUUUUGGUCUAAUUAUUGGUUAGAUGUAUGUCUAAUCAUCUCGGCGGCGCUCUUGUUAUUACUCUUGUUUAUGAAAGUUUCUGAUACUCUAAAAAGUUUUAUAUGAAUUUUGGUGUCUAAAGCUGAAGUUUUUGAA